CUAGGUUUCACUCCCCCCAACCAUUUGGGACUGGCCACCCUCCAUUUCCACCUCCCCACCCUUCUCUACAUCACGGAUGGAUGGGACCAAAUGAGUUCCCACCAGGGCCGCCGCAUGGAAUAAACUCUCCAAACUUCCUGCAUGGCAUGAGAUUCAGAGGCCCCCAUCAUCAAAAUUUCCCAAGAAAUGCUGUACCACUGCCCCCGCCACCGUCAUCUUCGUCAACAUCAUCACAGUUGAAAGUUGCGGAGGAGAGUCCGGCUGUCGAGAAAGUGAGUAUAGAGUCUUUGAUCUGCAAGCCAGGCAGGAAGGAAAGGCCCGACAGAUUGGUCAUCAUCGUUCGGGGAUUGCCGGGUUCUGGAAAGACCCAUCUUUGUAAAUUAAUUAAGGAGCGAGAGGUGCAGGAGGGAGGUUCGGCCCCACGCAUGCUCUGCCUGGAUGAUUAUUUUAUGGUGGAAGUGGAGAAAAUGGUCACUGUCGAUGAACUGACAGGAAAAAAAGAGAAAAAAAUGGUGAUGGAGUUUGAAUUCGACCCGGCUCUGGAGUCUUCGUAUAAGACGAGUUUCCUGAAGAAUUUCAAAAAGCAAAUUGACGACUGCUUCUUCAGCUUCAUCGUCGUCGACGCUACGUUUGAUAAAAAAAUUUAUCUCGAUGAAUUCUGGGGUUAUGCCAAAUCUAAAGGGUUUCAGGUCUAUGUAGCCCAGAUGGAGGCAGAUGUAUCACUAUGCACCAAGAGGAAUGAACACCAUUAUAAACAUGACGAUAUCAUGAAGAUAAAAAAAGGUUGGGACGAGACGCCCAGGCACUACAUCCAUCUUGAUAUAAGCUACUUAUUAAAAGAAGAGAAUAAUAUCGAAGAGGUUGAAAUGGAAGAUGCGACGACCAUUGUUGAGAAGUCCAAGGAUGGAAACGAUGACGACGAAGACGAAGAUUAUGACACUUUGAAAGGUCACAAGAAAAGCAAAUGGGAGUUGGACACGUCUGAGCAAACGCUUGAUAAGUUGGAUGGUCUGGCCACUAAGAAGGAGGCUCACCCGAUGAAGUUGGAGGAGUACCUCCAGGUCUCAGAUGACUAUGAGAUGCGGUGCCUCAAGCCGGGCAACAAGAAGAGGGUGAGAUGGGCGGAUAUAGAGGAGCGCAAGGAUCAAGAGAGAAUGAGAAGAUUGGGAUUCGUUGUGGGAUUAACGGAUUGGGAUAGGAUGAAUGAUGAUAGUGGUGGGUAUGCCGAUAGGGCUCUCAAUAAAACCAAAUAUAUAUGA